AUGGCCCAGGGCCUUCAUCGCAUCGACAUGCGGCUCCGUCUCGGCACAAUACGCGACAACGCCGCGGCAACGCGACGGGCCGCUGCUGAAGCAGAAGUCCGAAAAUACAAGUCUACAUCGCCGACUGUGAAGACUGAAGCCGACGCGAAGGCUGAAGAAGAGGCAAUUGCGAAAGCAAAGGCUGCCGCGGUGGAGGCCGAAAAGCCGGCGCCUAAACCGCACAUCCGACCACUCUCUGAAUCAAAAGCCAUUGAAUCCGGCGCAACAUUCAUCAGCGAAACGUUCCUGUUUCUUGUAGCAGGCGGUCUGAUACUCUUUGAGUCUUGGAGGUCUCGGAGGAAGGAAAACACUCGAAGAGACGAUGUCGCAGCUCGGCUCAACGAACUUGAAGAGAACAUGGGGGUGCUGAGACAGGCGUUCAUUGAACUCGAGAAGCAUGGGGAACUUCCUGCAGCAUCUCGUCGAAUUCUCUUGCGGGUAAUAGAGGACGUGGAGCCCGAGCCGGCAGUUGAACCAGAGGAACAGGGAUGGUUUUCAACAAUUGCUUCCUAUUUAACGUUCGGUCAGAGUGCGGAGCUGCAGCCAGAGGGAAAAGCGAAUACAAGUCCAACCUCAAGCGCCGCUGAAGCCUCAAAGGUUGCUUCCAGCACUCCGUCUCCAGCACCGACUGCUGGUCUAACUACCUCUCCUCCAGUCGCAGGACCUAAGAAGGCAUAA